GGCGGGUUGCUGCAGCAGGAUGGAGAUUAGCUGGGGUUACAUGUUUCUCGAGCUGCUGAUCGCGGUGCUCGCCAUCCUGGGCAAUGUGCUGGUCUGCUGGGCUGUUGCCACCAACAACAACCUGAAAAGCGCCACCAACUACUUCCUGGUGUCUCUGGCUGUGGCCGACAUCGCCGUCGGAGCUUUCGCCAUCCCAUUCGCCAUCGUCAUCAGCAUGGGCAUGAGCACCCGUUUCCACGGCUGCCUGUUCCUCGCCUGCUUCGUCCUGGUGCUCACCCAGAGUUCCAUCUUCAGCCUCUUGGCAGUGGCUAUCGACAGGUACCUGACCGUCAGCAUCCACCUCAGAUACAACGGGCUGAUAACUGGAAGACGCGCCAGGCUGAUUAUAGCAGUCUUCUGGAUCCUGUCUUUUGUGAUUGGUUUGACUCCAUUUUUUGGCUGGAACCAGAAGAAUGAGGUAGAGUGCGGAAAUGGCACAAUGAGGACACCACGGCCAGAGAACAACUCUGUCCUCCAGAACUGCUCGGUGGAAUGCCUCUUUCUAAAUGUAGUCAACAUGAAAUAUAUGGUUUACUUCAACUUCCUGGGCUGUGUCCUGACACCAUUGCUUAUCAUGCUGGUCAUUUAUGUAAAAAUCUUCAAUGUUGCUAGAAAGCAGUUGCAAAAGAUCGAGCUGAAUUCUGUAAAUUCUGAGACUUCCAGAAGGUAUUUACAGAACCAAGUAAGAGUUGCAAAAUCAUUGUCCAUCAUUGUUGGAUUCUUUGCCUUGUGCUGGCUCCCACUUCACAUCCUAAACUGUAUCAAUCAUUUUCACCCAAAGUACUUCCAAACAAUGGAUAUGCGUAUCAUGAACACUGCCAUCGUUCUGUCUCAUGCUAACUCUGUUGGGAAUCCAAUUAUCUAUGCCUACAAGAUUCAAGAAUUUCGCAACACCUUCCAUAAAAUUAUUUUCAAACAGAUCCUGUACAGGACAGACCAUGAAUUUAAGUCUGAAACUAUGCGAGGAACGCAUUUGUAAAGGCCACAGAAAUGUUGACAGAAACAUCUGGGAAUCCUGUGGACUUCUUAAUUAUACAUACUGUUUACAUAUGCACUGUUGACAUGUCUUUGUAUGUUAAUUUUAGAAGUAACUCUUUUGAGGGAGAAAAGAAUACCAUUGCAAUCAAAGGAAGCUGUCAAAAGGUGAAAAUCCUCCCCCUGCAAGUAAUUUUUCUCUAAAGCAGUAUUUUUAGAUCAAGAUAAAUAGAAAUCCACAAAGUAUUUGCAAGUAAUAUUGUUGCCAGAGCUCUGAGCUCCAUUGCAUUCACAAUUUCAAGGAUGUAAUUGCCAGCCACAUUGUAGUAUGACCCAGCAGAGAUGUAGAUGCCUAUUAGGCCUCCAUCGUCAGAUGUGAAAUUGUAGAAGCAGAUAUUGUUUUAUCAACAUCAGGUGCAGAAUGGUUUUCAAAAUAGCACUAACAUUAUUCAAAACAAAUACUUGAUGAAUUUUGUUCUCAUACGUUUUCUAACACAGUUACAACAAUUAUGGGACAGAAUACAUUUCACUUGUAGGUUUUAUAUCAUUGAGGAAAAGGGGAUGUAGCCAACACAAAAGAUAUAAUUGGGUGACAGUACAAAAUUUCUUUAUCUCUUCUCCCAGUGCCCUGCAACAAUAAACCAUGGACAUCAAUUCUAGCGGCUAAGGUGGAACUGAACUCACAUCUACCCUUGUGGACUGUCACCAGUCUGUUGAGGUCAGUGGGAGGGUGCACCAUCUAUGAAGCCAAUAGGAGAAUUCACCUGUGAAGCACUUUGAUAUUGUUGGCAGAAAUUACAUUUCCUAUCCCCAUAUCAGAGAGAGUAAGCUGCCCAAUGUCGUGUUGGAUCCCAACAUUUUUCUAAUUUGACCAUUUUUGAAGUCUCAUAAGGGCCUUGUAAGGUGUACAUACAUCAUUAGCCAGGCCACUAUGUGCUUCCAUUUCACUGGCUGAUCAACCAGCACGACCACAGCUGGACAGGGAAUUUGCAGCUAUUUGUGUUGUCCAUGUGGAUGAAGGUUUAGCUCCCAGUCACUUGCAGAAUACCAAAGUGUGGCCAUCUCCCUUGGAGCUACUGUUAGGUUACAGGGGAAAGCCAAUAGAAUCCCAGUAGAGUUUACUGGGCCUCAAUUUCACUGUAACAACUCCAAAAGGUGCCUGGCUCUUCACCUGCUACAAUAACAUUAGGAUCACUUUGUGUGUUACUUUAAUGGUUGUUGUAAGCUUGUUAGUCAUAAACAGCCACACCUGUAUAUUUUUAUGUCAGUUUUACUGUACAGGUUUUGAGCUGGAAACGCUACAUUUGACUUUGGGACAAAAUUAUCUCAUGACGCAUGGAUAGGAAAGAUUUGGAGGAAUAUGGGUCCAGCGCAGGCAGGUGGGACUAGUUAGUUUGGGAACAUGGUUGGUGUGGGCAAGUUGGACUGAAGGGUCUGUUUCCAUGCUGUAUGAUUCUAUGAUUGUGACUGUAUGACCUGGCAAUGAAUGAAUAUGUAUUAGAGAUAGUAAAACUCAUGGUUCUUACAUUUCUACAUUUGUAGACAUAUUAAAGAUUAUAUUAUGGCGCAGAAUAAACUAAUUAUUGAUAUAAUCUUGAUAAAAAUCGUAUAAUUAAUGAGAUGAAUUCAUGUGAAAAUAUAACAGGAAAUUUGAGGCACAAUAUUUUCAUCUUGAUGUAGGAUUAACUUGCUCACUUGUUACUAUAUCUCAAUUUUCUUUAUUUUCCCCCAUUCUCACCCCUGUCUCUUCGUUCUUUACUGUCCCACUCUCCCCAUCUCUGUUUCCAUCUGUCUUACCCUACCCACUCUGUGUCUCAUGUCUCUUCUGUCUCACUCCUCUACCACUAUCUAUCUUCCUAGAUAUCAAAGCCUUGGUCUGCAGCCUCUAUCAAUAUAUUUGCUUGGAUUCUGACUUCCUACUUGGCUCACUUCCAUGGUUUGGAUGGCUAACUCUGUGAGUGAUAGAUGUUCCUGCUUGUUGCUCACUGGUUUUGCUGGUGUCGAUUGGUUUACAGAUUUUGCUGGAUUUUAAAUUACUGUUACCAACAAAUUGAAGUUGCUGUUCUUUGAAGAGAUUUUACAAAUCUCUUUUGAUCAUUGGUGUAUCCCAUGGCAGCUAGGCCUCCAUUGUGAACAUGUAGAAAUUUCCUGAAGUUUAAUUGUUGGUUUAAGUGUUUCCUGACCGCUGUUAGUCCGAAGCAGCAGAGAUGCCCUAAAGCUGUGUGAAAGGACUGUCACCUGUAAAAACUCAGCACAGGGUGACCUUCAUGACCAGAAAUGUCCAUUUGGAGGGGUUACUGUUCCUGGACACGGACACAAUUAUGAUUGCAUUCCUCUUUGUCUUAAGAUUGUUUUGCAAAACUAACUACCGUUUCAUGCUGUUAUCUGAUCCUUACCAAAAUACACAACUUCAAAGCCAAUCCACAGCACAUUAGAGAUUGAAGCAAAAAUUUAAAUCUACACCCUUCAUUGUUGUAGUUAAAACAGCGAAAAAAUUGCAAAAAUAAACAUUUUAAACAAACUGAGGAAUAGGACAAUGCCAAAACAAAAACAAAGCCCCAAAGUAGGAUUUGUAAUGUCACAGCCAAGAAAGAGAACGAAGAGAACUCUCACUGAUGAAGAGUCACCUGGACUCAACGUUAGCUCAUUCUCUCCCUAUGGAUGCUGCUUGACCCAUUGUGAUCGCCAGCAUUUGUUGUUUUUCAGUAACUCUGAUAUCUUUUAUGUGGAAGUUUGGUUCAAUGGCCACCAGUUUUCCAUUUAAAAGACUCCACAGUAAAAAGAAAGAUUUGCAAUUAUACAGAACCUUUGAUGACAAUGGGAAUCCCAAAAUGCUACACAGACAUUAAAAUACUGCUUCCACUUACAGAGAUGUCAUUAAGGCAGUGGAUAUUUAGCCUUGUUACUUCAGAGGUGAUAACGCGGGGAGCAGGCUUUCCACAGUAGUUGUGCAAAUGAGUUCUGAGGAAAGGAUCAUUGGACCGGAAACGUUAACUGUGUUUUUCCUUCACAGAUGCUGCCAGACCUGCUGAGCUUUUCCAGCAACUUUGUUUUUGUUCCUAAUGGGAACACUGUUAUUCUGUUGUCUUUCCCCUUCAUUUCUAGCUCUCACUCAUUUCUGUGCCUCGACACUUCCCCUCCCCCAAUUCUCUCUCUGCCAUUCCUUUCUGUCACUAUUUUCAACCAAAAAUGCUAAGAAUUAGCAACAGAUGCUGACCCAGCAGCAACUGUCACAUAUCAUCCAAAACAAAACCCAUGAGUCUCAAUUGUCUUCAGCAUGAGUUACUCCUUCAAAGAACACUAAAUAAUUAUUUAAAAACGACAUUGGCUCUUCUCCAUUUUCCCAAGUUUUUCCAAGGGUCUUGCUAGGACCACUUUAUAGGCCAUUUAGCUUGAUGUCUGUCAUGGUGAAGGUUUUAAAAUCAAUUUUUACUUCCCUGUUCUCUGCCUCCCUCCCUUCUUGAAUAGACUUUCCAGUAUGAUGGAACCCCUCCUGAAUUGAGGAAAUUUAAUAAAAUUGGGACAAGGCAUCUCCUAUGUUAUUAGCCACUUCCUUAGAGACCCUGGAACAAAGCCCAUUUGGAGCCAGGGAUUUAUCAGCCGGUGGCACCAUCUGUUUGCUCAGCGUCACUUCCCUUGGUGAUUGGGAUUUCACCAAACUACCCCCUGCUUUCCACUUCUUGAUUUAGUUAUGUAUUUUGUAUUCUCGAUAGUGAAGACAGAAGCAAAAUUUUUUGUGCAUUUCAACAAAUAUGUCCCUGUUAUCUACCAAUAACAUCUCAUUGUCACCCAACACUCAACUUACUCAGCCUUUUAAUUAGCUAAAGGAACUCUUGCUAUUUCUCUAUUUUAACAUUUCUAGCUAGUUUCCCUCAUGCUGCAAUUGUCUCCUGAUUAUUAUUUUAGUUAUUGUCUUUAACUUUGAUAAAAAUUACCCUACCUCAUUGUCUUACUGCAGUCCAACAGCAUUUCCUACAUUACAGUAGGGCUACAUUUCAUUUGCAGUGCUCUGUCUCUGCAGUUGACGCAGUCUUGGGCUCUAUCUCCCCAACUGACGUUCAUAAAAGCAUCAGAACAGUCAGGCAGGUGUGUGUGUGUGUGUGUGUGUGUGUGUGUGAGAGAGAGAGAGAGGCACAUGUAGAUAAUUGGUGGCAUUUCCUCUGUGUCUUUUGAUCAGCCAAGUGCUUUAAGUUAGCAGACAUAAUUACAUCUGAAGCGCACAAUUAGGAAAUUCACUUUUAAAAUCCAAAUGAAAUAAUCAAAUGGAAUAGAGAUGGCUGGGAGGUGGUACAUUGCAACUGUGGUCCGUGGGAACUGGCGGACACCACGUCCGUAGCAAGUGUUUGCUGCUUGAGAAACUCCAGCUCAGAGUUGAUGAGCUAGAGUCCAGGCUGCAGACAGUACAUCACUUCAGGGAUGGGGAAGGGGUACGUGGACUUUGUUUCAGGAGACAGUCCUAUCGUUCGAUUACAUCAAACAUGACCAGGUGUGAUUGCAAGUGAGGCAGUUAUUGAGAUCUAGAAUUUAGAUUUGGUAGAGCCUCAAUCAGUGUCUUUAUCCAAAAGGUGUGAGUUUCGUGCUCCCAGCAUGGAAAAGGGCACAGACUUCAGGGAGGACAAGUGAACUCACCGGAGGACCGUGGCGCAGGGCAUCAUUCAAGUAUGGGGUGGAAAGAGAAAUAUAGUAAUGGAAGGUAGGACAGUUAGGGAAACAGAUGGUGUUCUCUGCAGCAAUUGCAGAGUCCCAAAUGCCGUGUCUCCUCUCUAGUGCCAAGGUUCAGGACAAUCCUUUGGGGCUGGAGAGGAACUUGGAAUAGGAGGGGAAGGAUCCAGAUUUCGUGGUCCAUGUAGCUAUCAAAGACAAAGGUGGAACUAGGUUAGAGGUUCUACUGAGAGAUUACAAGCAUUUUGGGGCUAGAUUAAAAAUCAGAAUUACAAAGGUAAUGAUCUCCAGAUUACUACUGGAGGUAAAAAUUCAAAAAACCAAAAAGAUAUGAGAAAACAGACAUACAAUGUAUUUAAGGGGCAAACUGUAAUCAAAGAAUGACUGCAACAAACAGAAAAUACAAGUUUAAGAGAACAACUGAAAUUAGGAUCAAAAAGUAAUGACAAAAAGUUAAAGUCACUUUGUCUGAAUGCAAGUAGUAUUUGUAACAAGAUAGAUGAGCUGACAACACAAAUAGAAAUGAAUGAAUAUGACUCUACAACUAUUACGGAGACAUGGUUACAGUGUGACUGUGACUGAAAACUUAAGGAUAUUCAACAUCGUAGAAGUAUAGGCAAAAAGGGAAAGGAGGUGGGUUAGCUUAGGUCAAUAAAAGAUGGUCUCAGGGCAGUGGUGAAUAGUGAUGUAAAUCCAAUAGAUUACAACGUGGAAUCAGAGGGGUGGAAAUAAGGAAUAGCAGGGAAGGAAGUCAUGGGUGGAAGUUGUUUAUAGGCCCCUGAAGAAUUUUUUUCUCUUUUGGAUAGAAUAGAAAGUGGGAAAUAAUGGAGAUGUGUAAGAAGGGGAAUACAAUUGUCACGUGAGAGUUUAAUCUGCAUUUUGACUGGACAAAUCAGAUGAGCAAGGGUAACAUGGAAGAUGAAUUUCUAGAGUACAUCAGCAAUUUUGUUUUAGAGCAAUGCAUUACAGAACCUACCUGGCAACCUACCUAGAUGUGGGAAUGUAUAAGAAGGUAGGAUUGAUACGAGAUCUCAGUUAAUAAUCCUCUAAGGAUAGUGAUCACAACACAAUAGAAUUUCAAAUUGAGUUUGAAGGAGACUAACUCAAGUCUCAAACCAAUGUCUUCAACUUAAAUAAAUGCAAUUACAGAGAUCAGAAAAAAAAAGGUGUGCCUGAAGGGAUCUGGGAAAAUAGACUAAAGGAAAAGUCAGUGGAUGAGCCGUGUAAGAUAUUUGCUGGAAAUUGGGGACCAUUUAAACCUGUGUUAACUCAGUAUUCCAUAUUCAGUAUUUUCUGUCCAGCAUAAUUAAAUGUGCUACAGAAAUAACUGGCCUAUCACAAGCAUAAAUAAAAGAUGUAUCAGAUGCUAUACUACCUUACUAUGAGUGCAACGUUUUCAGAAAUAGGAAGGUUUUGUUCUUAGAAGGAAUUAAAAUGAACCUUCAAAUGGAGGUGAAGGGGACACUGGUCAUCUUGGAAUUACAAAUAGGUGCCUGUGGUCAUUGGCUGAGAGUACGUAGAUAGAUGGUUGACACGGCCCUCUAAAUAAUUUUAUCAACAGAGACAGGUGGGGCGAGAGGGCUACGAGUGAGAAGACCCAGUGGAAUGAGUCACCACCUUCUUGAAGGAAAAGCAGGAAUUUCUCUAGUUCACAUUUACAUGCUGGAUUUUGGUGACAUCAUCUUAGUGUUAUGUUUCACAUAUGUUCCCUGAUGAUGCCCAGCUCUACAACACCAUCACUUCUGUUGUCUCCUUCACUGUUGCCAAAUGAUCAGACUGUUUAUUCAACCUCUAGUACAGGAUUAAUCUAAAUUCCCACUAACCAGAUGUUCAGAAGGCUGAUGCCAGUGUUUUCAAACUCUGGUCCAAAUUCCAUUCCCUAGUCAUCAACUGCAUCCCUGUACCUGGUAAUAGUUCAAGAUUAAACCAGCUUGUUCAUAAUCUUGGUGUUACAUUCAACUCUGAAAUUAGCUUCCACAUAUUUGCAUCUUCACUAAAACUAUUUUUACUCCCAUCACAGCAGCUGAAUUUACAUACAUCUUAGAUCAGCAGCAAAUGAAGGCCUCAUUCAUGCCUUCAAUAUCUCCACAAAUUCAUCCUACUGUAAUAGUGACAUCUCUCAACUGCUACCCUCCACGAUCCAAAUCUCUGCUGGCCGUGUCUUAACCUGCAGCACUCCAUUCAGAACAAAGCAGACCCUCUUGAUUGGUACCCCCUCCAACUUGAAUACCUUCAUACAGUGGUAUACACCAUAUACAAAUCACCAAGGCUCCUCUGAAAGAACCUUCCAAGCCCAUAAGCUCUAUCGCUUAGAAGAACACGUGUAGAAGAUAUAUUGGAACACCACCAUUUUCCUCCAAGUCACUCACCAUCCUGACUUGGAAACAUCUCUCUUUCAAUGUCUUUGAGUCAAAAUCCAGGAACUCCCUUCUUAAGAGAAGUUUAUUGGACCUUCUGCCCCUAGAACUGCAGUGGUUCAAAACAGAUAAUAAAUGCUGGCCUAGGUCACACUCGUGAAUGAAUAAACAUUAUUUCCAUGCUCCUUCACCUCGUGCUCUUUGACCUCCAUCGGCUCCUGUUCAAACACCAACUUUAUUUCAGAAUUCUCAUCUUUCUUUUCAAAUCACUCCAUGGUCGUGCUUCUCUGUUACCCACAAAACUCUCCAGAAUUUGCAAGUUACUUUAAUUAUGGACUCCUUUGCAUUCUCAAUUUGUAUCAAUGACAGAUGUGUGAGCUGCCAGAAAACUGGAGGGAUGCCAAUGUUGUGCCAUUUUUUGAGAAAGGCCGCAACGAAAAGGAGACAGGAUCUACAUGCACUUGGAAGGGCAAGGAGUGAUUAGAAAUAGUUAGCAUGGCUUUGUGCAUGGGAAGUAGUCUCACAAACUUGAGUUUUUUGAAGAGGUAAUCAAGAAGAUAGAUGAGGGCAGUGCUAUUGAUGUUGUCUGCAUGGACUUUAAUAAGGCCUUGGACAAGGUUUCACAUAGUAGGCUGGUUAGUAAGGUGAGAUCACAUGGGAUCCAGGGAAAUCUAGUCAAUUGGAUACAAAAUCGGAUGGACAGUAUGAGACAGAGGGUGGUUGUUUAGACUGGAGGCCAAUGACCAGCAAAUGUGGAAAAUAAAUCCUGACUCAUUUAUACUUAUGUACUAAACAUUAAAAUAAACUUUGGAAUAUAUUGCUAAUGUUGUAGGAUGAACAGUGAUUCAAUUUUUCACAAACUUAACGUGGUCAUUCUGUUUCCAUCUAAAAAUUUAGCCAGUAGCAGGUACUAUCUACAAACCCGUAACUCAGUCUAGUUUUCCAAACCUCUGCUCGUGGCAGCAUUGCCCCCUUGUAUUCUUUAAUAUUAAAUUCAGCCAUUAUAGCUGCUAAUGGGGACUAUUAGCAGCUGACAACGGGUUGUAUAUGGUAGCAGUGUGUGUAAUAGCAAGGCUUGGUGUGUGGGGGUGGGGGAAAGCACAGAGAAAGGUGCUCAAGCCCUAAAAUUGUUGAACUUGAUAUUGAAUCUGGAGGGUUGUAUGGUCCCCAAGCGGAAAAUGAGGUGUUGUUCUUCCAGCUUGCACUGAGCUUCACUGGAGCACUGCAGCAUGCCUGAGAUGGAGACAUUGGCCAGGGAACUGGGCGGUGUGAAGUGGCAGGCAACUGGAAGCUCCGGGUCUUUUUUGCGGACAGAAUAUAGAAGAUCUGCGAAACAGUCACCCAGUCUACGCUUCAUUUCCUCAAUGAAGAGAUCACAUUGUGAGCAGCAAACAGUCCCCAUUAACAGCUAUUCAUUCUCCCAGACUGAUCUUUAACCACUCUGUUAUCUGUUCUGUUGUCUCUCUCUCUCUCUGUGGUCUCUAUCUUCACCUAUCCUUUAUUCUCUGCCGUCUCCAUCUUCUGUAAACCAUCCUUUUCCCAACUACCAUCAGUUCUGAAGCAGGGUCACUAGACCUGAAACGUUAACUCUGAUUUCUCUCUACAGAUGCUGCCAGACCUGCUGAGCUUUCCCAGCAAUUUCUGUGUUUGACACAGUUAAGGAAGAUGCGUUUUUGGCCUUUUCUAGAAUUAAUUGCACAUUUGUCAUUUAUGCUUCCAGAGACCUGUAUUGUUCUUUAUUACAAUCAAUUAAAGUCCACGGAUUUAUCUUCUUA